UAAAUCGAACCCACAAAAUCACUAAUUGGGGCUACAAGAAACUACAAUUUAGAACUCGCAGAGCACAUCUCAGUCUUAACUUUUUUGUCCAUGGCUCUCUGGGCCAUCAAAUGUUCAAUUUCACCCUACAAUAAUGGCAUCCACAGCGAAGUGCCGCUUAAUACACCCAACAGGUUUAACACACAACAGCCACUACGCCGAUCUCCUCCUGCCAUUCACACGAGCAGGAGGAAGAAGAAAAGGAACUUCUCUUCCCUCAAGAUACUAACCCCCAAGCCUCCUAACAAUAGAGAUACUGACCUCGUCUUUUACAGCAGACGGCUCUACAUGCUCUGUAAAAAUGCACAGGUUGACGAAGCAAUCAGAUUAUUACGUUCGAUGGAGGACAACAAGGGAUUGGUUCCGGACACGGUAACAUACAAUGUUCUCAUCAAUGCCCUCUGCAGAGAUGGGCAGCUGGAAUUGGGUCUCUUGCUGCUGGGUGAAAUGCAGGACAAGGGCUGCACUCCCACAGUUAUAACAUAUACUACACUCAUUCAUGGCUUUUGCGAAGCAGGCCGACUGGAAUAUGCUUUAAAGCUUCUGGAUUUGAUGCGAAGCAAGGAGAUUGGAAUUACCCCAACUACGGUCACAUGCACGGCCCUCAUCCAGGGUCUAUGUGCACAAGGGGAGCUGAAAAGAGCCCUGGAUUUGUUGAAUCAGAUGAAAUCUAUGGGACCCAAUUGCGCCCCCAAUGAGCUAACAUAUAAGAAGCUCAUCCAUGGGCUAUGCCAAGAGGGGUUACAUGAAUUGGGUGUGGAGCUUUUGCACGAGAUGGUUCAAAGAGGCUUCAGGCCUGAUGAGAUUACUUCUAGUGCACUCAUUCGUGGGCUGUGCCAGUCGGGGGCGUUUUUAAGAGCUGCUCUUUUUGUCAGUGAGAUGGUUUAUGCUGGGGUUCAGCUUGAUCUUGCGACCUACGGUUGUCUCUUAGAUGCUCUUUGCAAGGUGGGUGAGGCAGCCCUUGUGAGGGAUACAAUAAGGCUAAUGUGUGAAAGGGAUGUGGCUCUUGAUUCAUCUGCUUACAGUGGUCUGAUUCAGAGGCUGUGCGACAAAGGCAUGGUGGAUGAGGCUGUGGGAUUGAAGGAGGAGAUGAGAAGGAAGGGAAUUGAUCCUAACAGCGUGGCUUAUACUAGUCUAGUUGACGGACUCAGACAAGCAGGGAAAAAUGACCAUGUAUUGGAGCUGGUUCAUGAAAUGGAGAGCAAGGGGCUUCAGCCUGUUGGUAACAUUUUAAAAGUAUUGUUUCAGAGUUUUUACAGUUAGAUUUGAGCUGCUUUAAAUGGGUGAGAUCAUGAGUCUGUUUCAGUUGGGCUGUGUUUAUUUUGAAAAUUUAUAAAGCUUAGCAAUGGUGGUUUCUGGAAUGUUGCUGUGCUCGCUCCGGGUAUCUUAGGAAGUUAAGUGCAAAAUGGUAGCUACAUUAAUCUAAUACUUCUCUCUCUUAUCAGCUCCAAAAUGACUCUAGCAGAGCGGCAAUUAUCAUCAACCAUGGGACCAUUUUACAGCAAAAAUGUAGCAGAAUUAUCUUUGGGUGUAUUGAGAAUUGCAGCUUUAAUGGGACCACUAGGAAAGCUAUUUAGAUUUGAUGGUCUACAGGGAUGUGGCAAUUUCUUUUAGGAUUAGAUUUAAUCCUCAGGUCAUCAGGAUCACCUACCUAACUUUCAACCGAUGCGUACCCUCACUUUAAGCCCGCCUAGUAAUUGAGCUAUGAGCCUCAUUAGCUGGAAUGUGCCAAAGAGUACUAACAAGAGCUUAUCUCAGAUAUUUCAUUUUUAUACCUACUAUUUGGUCAUUUUCUCACUUCUGCAUGCUCUUUAUUUGUCAUCCUGAUGAUGGAUCCAAAGUUGAUUAAUCUUGUUGAGAUUGAGCCCUGAGGCUCAACAGCUGAAAUAUCUUAAUGAAGAAAAUUUGUGAGUUACACCUGCUUUCGAAGCAGGUAUAGAUAGUUCUUAUCUGAAAUUAUCCAGUUAGUAGCUAAACUAAUGUCAUUUCUAAUAAUCAAGGCUGGCUAGCAGUCUUGUCCUGACUCCUAACUAUGGGCAGUUGGCCAAAGAAGAGUCCGUUUCUAUUUUGUUUGGGCAAGAAGUUUUAAAUUCCUUUGGUGAAGAAACUGUAAUGUGCCUUCAGUGCAGAAGGUUCAAAGCACCUCCAAAGGUGUUUGAUAUAGAAAAAAUUUCCGAUUUUAUAAAAUCAACUUGCUAGAUCUGUGUAUCUGACUCAGCCGUUUAUCCUGUAUCGAGUGACACAGAAGAAUGCAUUUUAUUUGAUGCAUAAUGAAAACCACUAAGAGGUGUUCUAAUGAAUAGGAUGCACUUCAAAAAGCAUACAGUAGAGAUGAAGUUUGGUAUGGCGUCAAAACUCCUCUGAAAUAGUUUAGCUGUUGCAAUUGAGUUGAAUUAGCAUGCAAAUAGUGGAAGUUGAACUGGGCACUGGAAAUGUACUUAGAUGUUGUAUCUGAAGUGGAAAUGUUGACCAUCAAAUGGCACUACUUGCUGCUGUAAAGAAAUGAAGUAUGAACUAAGCUAUGUAUAAGACAAGAACAACUCUGAAAUCCACCGUUAAUUGAUUAUAUUUAAAUGAAGAAACAACUUGAUGACUGAAAAACCAUAUUAAUCUAUGAUAAGAAUGACUUGUCCUCAUAUGCUUCAGGCAUUUGGUUAAAUGUAAUCUCUUCACUGUUGAAUGAAAUCAAAGCUGAAACCACUGUAAGUGAUUUGUUA